AUGGCGGACGACGAUUUAGCACAGAUCAGAGCAGCGCGUCUUGCGCAACUCAAACAACAGCAAGGCAGAGGAGGGUCAAGUGACAACGGCGAUGAUGAAGAGAAGAGAAGGAAACAAGAAUCAGAGGCCCGAUCCCUCAUGCUAUCCCAGAUCCUCGAACCAGAAGCCGCGGACCGACUGGGAAGAAUCCGCAUGGUCAAAGAGUCACGCGCCACAGACGUCGAGAACAGGCUGAUUAUGCUCGCACGGUCAGGUCAACUACGACAAAAGGUUACUGAAGAUCAAUUAAAAGAUAUGCUGGCCAGUCUCUCGGAGCAUGAGAAGCAAACGGGUCACACCAUGGAGAGCGUGAAGGUGGUUCGGAGAGGUGGAUGGGACGACGAUGAUUUGGACGACCUCCUCAAGGAGGUGUAG